AACGUCGCGAUGCGGCCACAUUAGUCUUCGCUCUCUCGUGGACACAUCAAGUGGGAUGAUGCGGCUUCGUGCGUUCCUUCCUCGGUGCUCUGCUCCAAAAGAUCGGAGCACCGAUAUAAUCCCCAAAACCUUGUCGGCAAGAUCGUGGACAGAGAGACCAAAAGGGGAGAAGGGCGAGACGGACGGAGAGGGAGAUGUGGCCGUUCAGCCGGAAGGGGGCGUCGGGGUUCUCCUGGUCAUCCACCGCGGAGGAGGUCACCGAAGGAUUAGAUGGGAGCGGCCUCACCGCCGUCGUCACAGGAGCAUCGAGUGGAAUUGGUGCUGAAACAGCCCGGGUUCUUGCACUUCGAGGUGUUCGCGUAGUUAUGGCGGUUAGGAAUUUGUCGUCAGGUGUCACAGUAAAGGACUCGAUUUUAAAGGAAAUUCCGGCUGCCGAGGUUGAUGUCAUGGAGUUGGAUCUUACUUCGAUGGCAUCAGUGAGAAAGUUUGCCUCUGAAUUCAAUUCCUUAAAUCUUCCUCUGAACAUCCUUAUCAACAAUGCAGGGGUAAUGGCAACUCCAUUCUCACUCUCUCAAGAUGGUAUUGAGCUGCAAUUUGCAACUAACCAUGUUGGCCAUUUUCUUCUGACUUACCUUCUAUUGGACAAUAUGAAGAAUGCAUCCCGUACAUCCAGAAUAGAAGGCAGGAUUGUUAAUGUUUCAUCAGAGGGGCAUAGAUUUGCAUACAGUGAAGGAAUUCGUUUUGAUAAAAUAAAUGAUAAGUCAGGAUACAACAGCAUUGGUGCCUAUGGGCAGUCAAAGCUUGCGAAUAUAUUGCAUGCUAAUGAACUUGCAAAAUGCUUCAAGGAAGAGAAGGUGGAGAUAAUUGCCAAUUCUCUUCAUCCUGGAUCGAUUAUCACAAAUCUUCUUCGUUACCACAGUUUCAUAGAUGUCAUUGCUCGUACGCUCGGGAAGCUAGUGUUGAAAAAUGUGCAGCAGGGGGCAGCAACCACAUGCUACGUAGCGCUGCAUCCUCAAGUCAAGGAGGUGAGUGGCAGGUACUUUUGCGACAGCAAUUUAGCUGAGCCAAGUUCAAAAGCCAAGGAUGUGGACUUGGCGAAGAAACUGUGGGACUUCAGUGUAGAUUUAGUUACCUGAUAUGUUUGAAACCUAUGGUUAAUAGUACAACAAGUAUUGCUUGUCAGAACAAAUAAAUACUUCCAAGGAUGUUAUUGUGGUUUGUUCUGGAUUUAAUUUAUCGAUAAAGGACGUGAUACCAUUUGGGUUUA